CCAAGCAAACCCCUAGCCGGCUCGGCCCAGGGCUAAAGAGGAGGUGCGUGGGGGUGGGUGGGGUCCGGGUGUCAUUGAGAGGAAGCCCUAAUCGGUGGCAUCAUCGCCAGAGCCCAGAGCCCUCCCCUCUCCCCAUCCCUGGGAUCACCAGCUCCUCCCCCCUCCCCCCUCCCGCCGCCGCCGCCGCCGCCAUGGAGCCCGCCCCCACGUCGCCCGAUCCGGCGCCCCGCUCCCCGGCGCCGUCGCCGUCGCCGGCCAAGAGGUCCGCCUGGAAGCAGCCCUCCCCCUCCGCCGCCGCCAACGGCGCCCCGCACGCCGACGCGCCGCCGCCGCCGGCCGUCAUGGACGCCGACCACUGGCCCGCGCUCGCCGACGCCGCCAGGACCAAGACCCUGCUCCCGGCCCCCGCGCCCCCCUCCGACUCCCCCAAGCCUCCCCCGGACCCCUCCCCCGCCAACGCCGCCGCCGCCGCAUCGGCCAUGGCGAACCCGUCCAACUCGCCCCGGCACGGCGGCUCCGGGACGCACCACGGCCGCCACAAGACAGCUAGGCGCGGGGGCGCCGGCGGCAGCGGCGGGGGUGGAGACCACUCCCCGCGGGAUCACCAGGAGAGGAGCCCCGGCGGCUGGGACCAUGGCGGCGGCGGUGGCGGCGGGAGGGGCGGCCAGAGAAGCCACCACAACAACGGCGGCAGGAGGGGCGGUGGCAACGGUGGCCCGGGCGGCCCAGGAGGUGGUGGAGUUCCUCACCACGGCGGGUUUGGCGGACGCCGGAGAGGCGGGUUUGAUGGUGGCUUCUUCCGUGGCCCCGGGAUGGGCAUCGGGCCGUACAUGCGGGGGGCGCCGCCGCCGCCCCCGCCGCUGGCCGUCGCUCCUCCCUUCAUGGGCCACCCUCCGCCUCCCGGCUCGCAUAUGCGAGCCUUUGCUGGACCGAUGAUGGCGUUUCAUGAUAUGCCAUCACCAGUGUCUCCUGUUUCCCCAAUGUACUAUGUUGGGCCUCCGCCGCUUCCAGAGGCUCUUAGGGGAAUGGCAUUCGCACCUCAUAUGGUCGGCCCACCUGCUUAUCCCUACUUUCAGCCCCCGGCUGAGCCUGAGCCUGAGCCUGAGCCUGAGCCCGAGACUGAGCCUGAGCCCGUGGCUGAGCCGGAUUCCGAGGCUAAACGCCAGAAGCUGCAGAACCAGUUUGAGUUCUACUUCAGCAAGGACAACUUAUGUGGAGAUGUUUACUUGCGGCAACAUAUGGAUGAGGAGGGCUUUGUAUCGGUCCCUUUUAUGUCAACAACUUUCAAUAAGGUCCGGGAAAUCACUGCCGAUAUUCCUAACGCCAAUUUGCAGUAUAUAAUAGAAACAAUUCAGUCCUCAUCUAUACUGGAAGUGAAGGGCGACAAAGUUAGGAGGAAAGAUGACUGGGACAAAUGGUUAAUUCCGAAAGAGAGCAACCCUAAUAUUCCGUCAAGCUCUGCAGCAGCUGUGCCAAGCCCCAGCACCAAUGUCAAUGAUCUGACAGCACAGCUUGGAGGUGUGGGCCUGCAAGAACCAGCUGGCCCUAGUAGCACGGUGGACCAGAACCAUCAUGAGGUGGUCCAGAAUGGAUCGGCUUCCAGCAAUAACCCAGCACCGGCAGCUGAAGAAAGCGCUGGCCAGCGCUAGCCACACACCGUCUCCUUAUCACACUAUGACUGCAAGGGUUUUUGUCCGAGCGCGAGUGACGAGAGUAGAAAUGAUGAUGAUACUUUGCGAUUUUUGGAAGGUGGUAUGCUUGCGGGGUUGCAUUAGGCUGACAAGCGGGUUCGUUUUGCGGGGUUGAUGUGGCCUUCUGGUUAUUGGUGAAAAUCGGUCUACUAGCUGAAACGAUAGGCGGCCAAACAAAAGGGUUUAUUGUGUAGGGGGGCAUCAAACGCGAUGAGUGGGAGAAGCCGAAGAAGAGGAUGAAAAAGACGCUGAUUAGGGCUAGUUGCUUAGUGUGCGGUUCCGGACCGUCGUCGUCGGUUAUUUUGGCUAUGUGGGUAUUUGAAGUCCAAAACUCUGUCGGUUUCUUCCCCCCAUUUGGAUUGGAUGUAAACCUCCAUUUUUUGACGGAGGAGGAUGAUGUGAUGAACUUUCUUGUCAGCUGUUUCGCCAAACGAGAAUGUUGUACAACUCCUUGGUGUAGUAUUUUACAGAUA